CCCUGCUCCGUGACUGUGGAGUGGCAGGUGAACAGCUGGUGAGUCGGUGCCGUCGCGUGUUCGGACCUGGCUCCUGGACUGAACACUCCAUGUGUUCCGCUCGGACCGCCAACUCUCAGGCUGCCGUGACUCGACUGACGCCCAGAUGCAGGAGGUGAGUGCGGUCGGCCUGCCGGACGAUGACAUGCUGGAUGGAGACCUGGGGGACGGGAUGGGAAGCAGGCCGCCCUCCAGCUCUCUCCGCAGCAAGUUCCAGAGCUCCAGCCUGGUGCCGGACGGCCAGUCGCCCAGGCGCAGCUGCCCCUCAGGAGAGGCGGCGUGGAAGCCCAAACUCAAGUUGGCUGGGUGGAAGCAGGGAGCCUGUUGGAAGCUGCCAGCAGGUCCCGUGGCUGAGGUGUCCAAGAGCGAGCUGAGCGCCAGGCUUCAGGAGGCUGGACAGAUCAUUGAGCUCCUGUUCUGCGAGCUGGAGGUGGCACAGCGCUACCUGGAGGGCAAAUACGAGGCUCUGAGGAUCUUGCAGGGGAAGGUAGGGAAACGGCACUUGGUGGCCUUCACAGUGAGCUGCAGGCAGUUCUGUUCUCCACUUGCGUCCAGGCCAUCCUUGACAAAGCCACGUGCCACACCAAGAGCCUCCUGCAGAAGAGCGAGGAGAAGGCCAAAGCCCUGGAGAAGGUACGCAGCUGCUGCUGCGAGUGUUUGUCCGAGUUGUGUUGCGUAUCCCUGGCUCUCUGUGUUGCACGCACAGGAAGUCAACUGUCUCCAGUGGGAGGUGAGCUUCGGCCAAGUGCAGCUGAGGAAGAGCGAGCAGUCCUGGGAGCAGAGACACAACAGAGUGGUGAACGAGAACAGGAGCCUGAGCGACACCCUGGAGAAGCGGGAGAGUGAGAUCCAGCACCUGCGAGCAGAGAACUCUGCUCUGAGCCAGCAGCUCCUGGAGCUCCUGGCUCUGCUGAAGGUGAAAGAGCAGAGGACCUACCUGGCCACCAGACCUCAGUACACGCCGGAGAAGGACGCCACCGUCCUGGAGCUGGCCGUGCUGGGCGCCUGUCGCUGCAUCAGUGUGGACGAGUCGUGUCCGUGCAGUCGCACCGCAGCCGCCACCAGGAAGCAGCUCCUGCAGCUGCAGCAGGAACUGGACUUCCAACACUCCCGGAGGGAGGAGGCGCUGAUGGUGGCCGACGCCUUCCGCAUCGCCUUCGAGCAGCAGCUGAGGAAGCGCAGCGACCGCCUGAUGCUGCUGGCUGAGAGCAACGUGCACAAGCUGAGCCACUGCAAGGCUGAAGGUGUCAGCAGGAGGCCCCUGGUCAGCGUGAGCCAGCGGCUCAGGGCCCUGCUGCCCCCCAACCUGGAGCUGAGCGUGCCCGACCACCUCCUGGAGGCGCUGUACAGGCUCAUCGACCUGCUCAACGACAAGGAGGAGGCGCUGGCGCACCAGAGGAAGGUCAGCAUCAUGCUGGCGCACAGCGCCGAGGAGCUGCAGAAGCAGCUGGACCUGGACUGCAGCCCGGCCCAGCCCGCGCCCGACUGCCAAGGGGCCGGGGGCUCCUGUCACCCGGAGGAGCCCUCAGAUCAGGACCGCCUUCACAUGGACUCCACAGCAAGCCAGGGCCAGAAGGCAGACCAGAACCACAGUCCCGCUCCGUCUGAUGCACCUCCAGUGUCAUGUGACCCUGCCCGAGACCAGAACCACAGUCCCGCUUCGUCUGAUGCAUCUCCAAUGCCAUGUGACCCUGCCCGAGACCAGAACCACGGUCCUGCUCCGUCUGAUGCACCUCCAGUGUCAUGUGACCCUGCCCGAGACCAGAACCACAGUCCCGCUUCGUCUGAUGCAUCUCCAAUGCCAUGUGACCCUGCCCGAGACCAGAACCACAGUCCCGCUCCGUCUGAUGCACCUCCAGUGUCAUGUGACCCUGCCCGAGACCAGAACCACGGUCCUGCUCCGUCUGAUGCACCUCCAGUGUCAUGUGACCCUGCCCGAGACCAGAACCACGGUCCUGCUCUGUCUGAUGCACCUCCAGUGUCAUGUGACCCUGCCCGAGACCAGAACCACGGUCCCACUCCGUCUGAUGCACCCACACCUCCAGUGUCAUGUGACCCUGCCCGAGACCAGAACCACAGUACCGCUUCGUCUGAUGCAUCACCAGUGCCAUGUGACCCUGCCCGAGACCAGAACCACAGUCCCACUUCGUCUGAUGCACUUCCAAUGCCAUGUGACCCUGCCCGAGACCAGAACCACGGUCCCGCUCCGUCUGAUGCACCCACACCUCCAGUGUCAUGUGACCCUGCCCGAGACCAGAACCACGGUCCUGCUCUGUCUGAUGCACCUCCAGUGUCAUGUGACCCUGCCCGAGACCAGAACCACGGUCCCACUCCGUCUGAUGCACCCAUACCUCCAGUGUCAUGUGACCCUGCCCGAGACCAGAACCACAGUACCGCUUCGUCUGAUGCAUCUCCAGUGCCAUGUGACCCUGCCCGAGACCAGAACCACGGUCCCGCUCCGUCUGAUGCACCUCCAGUGUCAUGUGACCCUGCCCGAGACCAGAACCACAGUCCCACUUCGUCUGAUGCACUUCCAAUGCCAUGUGACCCUGCCCGAGACCAGAACCACGGUCCUGCUCCGUCUGAUGCACCUGCACCUCCAGUGUCAUGUGACCCUGCCCGAGACCAGAACCACAGUCCCGCUUCGUCUGAUGCACCUCCAGUGUCAUGUGACCCUGCCCGAGACCAGAACCACGGUCCCGCUCCGUCUGAUGCACCUCCAGUGUCAUGUGACCCUGCCCGAGACCAGAACCACAGUCCCGCUUCGUCUGAUGCACCUCCAGUGCCAUGUGACCCUGCCCGAGACCAGAACCAGGAACCGGUUACCUUGCCUCCACCUGAACCGACACAAGCUGAGAACCCCAGUCUCCCCAAUUCUGAAUCACCAGCAGCAGACCUUUGUGAGGACCAGAUGUGCAGCCUGUCUCAGUCGUCGAACUGUGUGGGAGCACCUGAUCCAGUACCAGUCCAGACUGGGAGCCCCAGCGACACAGUGGUGACCACGACCUCAUGUGAUGACGCACAGGACCCACAUGAGGACCAGAGCCAGUCGGUAUCUGGUCCACCUCAGCCCACACAGGAGCAGCAGCAGAACUAGAACCGUGGACCCUCAGAACCUCUCAGCGCAGCCCUGCUGACGAGAGACCCGCUUGAAAUCAUCAAGACCCGAAGUCACCUGAGCCCAGUGUGCCCACUUGGCGUCCAGCAGAGGGCGCCGUUGACCCGAGUGUGAGGGGAGCGUGUCGCUGCACUGCGAUCUAAAGCGGGAACUCGAAAGGUCGUCUGCGGGAUACGUCACGUGACUGCCUGAUUCCUUCCGAUUCCACAAGGCAAUAUUGAAUUUAAAAAGAUGUUGGAUGGAAACGACACCAUUGAACACCGAACCGAACACAAAGUCGUGGUCAGGUCCGACCAUCCCGAGCGCACAGGUGCAUGCUGGGAGCCUCAAUUUGAGGCGCCCUCGAGGAACUCCAGGCACCGGACAAUGGGUCUCGGGUCACGUGACUUAAAGUUGGAUUUUUAAAGGUCCGCCUCCACAGUUUUAGAUACGAUGUUAGAACGUUCCCUGGGCGGGGUCCGGUUUGAGUUUGGAUUUCUGAAUCAGAACAAGACCUCGAGUGACGAAGCUCAGUGUCAAACGGACACUCAGACGCUGCUAACACACGACAGCGUGUCAUGUGAUGCGCUGCCCAUCCCUGCCAGCAGGGGGCAGUGACGAGCCGCCACCUGACGGCGAGGAGUCGCGCUCCCGCUGGAGCUGGCGUGCGUGUCACGUGGUGACGCGUUGAUGCGGCGGCGCUCGAGGGGCCAAACUCAGCUUCCACUCUGGGUUUGGCCCCGAAUUCCUCUUUAAGAACCAUGUUUCCAUCCCUGCUGGCGCCAAGAGCGUCACGUGAUGAGCUUUACUUUACUCUCGUUGUGUUGGCAUUUCAUGUUCGGUUUUAGAUUUCUAAAUAAAACUACUCUGUUUUUUGUCUUUAUUUUCCGUAUUUUUAUGUUUGGCGCCCGUAUAUAUUCCUGCAAAGUUGUUAGAUUCGACUGCCAUUUUUCUACAUCAUGUUAAAACGUUGAAUUAAAAUAGAUAUUAGAUCAUAUCACUUUUAUUAUUGUUGUUAUUA